UUGACAAAUUUUUGAAAUGGAAAUCGAUGAAGGAGACUUUUGUAAUUUGUUAUAUCGAGGUUAGUUACGUACUAGCGGGACGUACUAGAAUAUUGAUAGUGCAUAUGCAUUUAAAAACUAUUUUAUAGUAUUUUGUUGUCAACGUAUCCGCUUAUAUGUGGUUCUUUUAUAUUAUUUCGUAUGAGAACACUUCGUAGUAAAAAAAACUUUCAAUUAUAAUGUAGGAGGUUAAUCGUAGAUGGGAUUAAACGAGAAUUAAUAACACGUUACGAUGAGUAAUAGAGAAAAAGGUGAUUUACGACCAGAACAAUGUAUAAAAUUGAAAGACGAAAAAGAGAGGAAACAUUCACUGUCCUCACAGAGUGAUGACUCUGAUUCUAAGAAAAAAAGACGUAACACUUGCAGUAAGGACAAAAGGAAAAAGUCAAAGCAUAGGACUAGUUCUAGCAGCUCCAGUUCAUCCAGUGUUUCCAGCCAUGAGGUUAAGCACCAAAACGAUAGGGAAAAGAGAAGCGACAAGUGGGAUAAAAGAUAUGAAAAUGGUGUUAGACCAUAUCGACAGAAUCCAAGGGACGGCAGGGGAUAUUAUAAAGGGAGGAGUGGAUACUUGGAUAAUCGUAAACGUACUUUUGGAUAUCGACCUUAUAAACAUUCUGGAUUCUAUGAUAGAAAUAGACACAAUAAUUCACAAUAUAAUAGGUAUAAUAAUGAAAGGAGAGGUAAUAGGUUCUUAAAUCAUAACAGUAGAAGACCACCUUAUGAUAGGUCUAGAAGUAGAAGCACUAUGGAUCAUGAUCAUCAAAGAAACAUAAAGGAUUCUAGUGAACAAUCUAGGGAGAGUGAAUCGAAGGAAAGAUAUGUGAAACAAACUAGUGCUGAAAAAGCAGAGUUAAAAAGGAAAGAUACAGAUGAGACUCAUAUAAAAGGAAAGGAAAAGAAAAGAGAUGAAGACAUACAAGAUAAAGCUGACCAUAUUCGCAAGAAAUCAAAGAGGAAAAGAUCUUUGUCAUCCUCAAGUUCCUCAAGCAUUAGCAGUAGUACUGACAGUACUAGCAGCAGUUCUAGUAGUAACAGUAGCAGCAGUAGUUGUAGUAGUAGCAGUACAGAUACCUCUGAGGAUGAGAAAAAACGCAAAAAAGCAAGAAGAAAAGCUAAAAAACUAAAAAAGGCUAUGAAAAAGCGUAGGAAGAAGAAAAGGAUGAAGAAAAAAUUGAAGAAGAAAUUGAAAAAAUCUAAGAAAAAAACACGAAAUACUGAAAAAUCCAAAGAAAGUGUUUCUAAAGAUAAUUCACAAGAAGUAUCUGAAAAGUCAAAGGCAAUGGCACCAAUGACAAAAGAGGAAUGGGAGAAAAAGCAGAGUGUAAUACGUAGAGUUUAUGAUGAAGAAACUGGAAGAUACAGGUUAAUUAAAGGUGAUGGAGAAGUCUUAGAAGAACUAGUAAGUAGGGAGCGUCAUAAAGAGAUAAAUAAGCAAGCAACUAAAGGCGAUGGAGAGUACUUCCAAGCACGCUUGAAAGCCAGUGUUUUAUGAACUAUUUUUCUAUGUAUGCUAAAAAAAUACCCUUAUAUAAUAAUUACUUUAUUGUCAGUGUUAAAAUCCUGUAUGACAAUAUGUUUUGUAAUGUCUCAGAGGAAAUACUUAUAUGUUGUACAUCAAUGAAACCUGUCUAUAGUGUGAUUUUAUAUUACAUGCACACAACGUUUUAUCUAAGACGUUAAUGACCAAAUGUUGAAAUAUAAUCAGCAACGAAUAUAAUUUAGAUUCUAAGCCAGUUUUAUAUAGUUAUAUAUUUUUCACACUAUGACAAUUUGUGUUCAUUAUCAUGUAUGAAAUAAAAAAAACCACACCUUUGAAUACAUUAUAAAGACUAAACACAAUGUAAUAAUAUGUAUGAAGAAAAUUUGUAAUUAUUCAUUAUUUCGAUGAACCACUUAUAUUAUUUUCAUAAAUAAACAAUUAAUUAAUAAUUGGUAAA